AUGGCGUGGAGUGGUCGUGGCUCGGCCGACCGCGGGACAUUGCUUGCCGGGUCGUGCUGUUCAGUCGGCCGGAUGGUCUUGAACUUUGGCCGAGUCCUCAAACGAUGUGUCUCCUUGCUUGAUUGUCAUCUGGUUCUUGGUGGAGCUGUGGUUGGUUCCAUUUGCCGGAAGUCCACAGACAAUAACUCUCCGUGUUUCCAUUUCUGA